AUGGAGGACAGUGAUGACAGUGAUGCAAAGCUCAGAGAAGAAAUAGAAGCUGAAUUGGAUAAAAUCAGCAUUUCUUCCUUGGAAAAUGAUGAGGUUGAAAAUGAUUCAGAAUCAGAAACUGAGAGUGACAAUAGUGAUCCUGAUUUUGUUGAAUUGCCAGAGUCAGUUCUUCACUAUAUCAGCAUCAUAAAGAACAGGAGUAAAUCCGCUGAAGAACUCAUUCUUCAGGACUUAGAAGACAACACUGAUGUCUUCAGUUGCAGCUGUGGCACAGUAUCGAACAGUCCUAUACACUGGAGGACAGGAACACCAGCUGAAGCUAAAGAAAACUCUGAGAAAUUAGUGAAGAUUUUAGCCACAAUAGAAAAGGAAGAAUUUAUGAGAAGUCUAACUCAUCCUUCCAGGUCUGAGUCUGUUUCUGAACCUGUUAUUUUUGAUACACCCAUGGAUGAAUAUAUUUUAUCAGAUGAUGCUGAUUUGAAUUUUGGAUACUUUGAAGUAGAAGAAAGAUGUAGAAAGUCUUUUGAGGCUUGGCAGGACAAACAAAAAGAACUAGAAGAAAAAGACAAAGAAAUACUUGAAGCUCAGAGUUAUAUAGAGAAACAGAAAUUUCAAGAAGAUGAUGAAAAGAGACAUUGCUGGAUGAAGCAGUUUGAAGUUGAAAAGAAAAAAUUAGAGAGUCUUCAGAAGCAAGAUCAGGACAAAAUGAAUGAUGAACUCCAGAAAGAAGAGAAAAUGUGGAAGGAGAAAUACAGACAGCAUCAGGAACUUAUUAGAAACUUAGAUUUACAAAUGGAGGAGGAAAGAACAAUAUUAAGUGAGCUGCAAGAAAAAGAAAAAGCACGUUUGCUAAACUUGAGGCAUAACGCAGCUGUAAAAAUUCAAGCUAAAUACAGAGCAUUAGUAACUUACCGAAAAUAUAACCCAAUCAUAAAAGAGCAAAUAGAAAAUAAGAAAAGGAAAGAGCAGGAGUGGAAAGAGAGGGAAGCAAAGAUCCGACAGAAGGAGGAAGAAAGAAGAAAAAGAAUUAAAGAGGAACAGAGGCUAGAGGAGGAAAGAAAGAAUAAGAUAAUGGAGGAAAAGCGAAGGCGAGAAAGGGAAUAUGAAGAGAAAAAGAGCACCCUGAGACAAGAGAGAGAACAACAGAACAAGGAAAAAGUGCGACCUAGAGAAGAUUGCCGCCAACUUCUAAUCAUUAGCUGUGCUUUAAAGGAGGGAAAAAGUAACGGCAAGCAGCAAGCUGCUGCAAAUAUGUCAAAAAAUAAGAGUGCUGAAGAAUUAGUGGACACCAGCUCGGAGAAGAAAGAAGAUGCUUGUCUAGUUCAGCAAUCCAACAAGAGAGAAAAUGUGCAUAAAGGACAUAAACAGCUGACAUUGAAAGAAUCGAUCGGAAUAAAAUUAAAACCAAGACAGACAGUUUUAGCAGAAUUAAAGAUGAAUGAAAAAAACGAAAAUUCACCUAAGUUAAAAGUGGAUGGAAAUAGUGAGAACAUAUCAAAAAAACAAUGUUCAGAAAAUGUAGCUAACCAAGAAAUUAACUUUACAAACAUAGACCAGACAAAAGAAUUUAAAAACUCAGACCUAAAGGAAAAUGUGAAUAAAGACUGCCUGGAGCAAGAAGUAAAGUGUCAAACUCAGAAAGAGGAAAGUGGGGAGCAUGCCACCACGGAGAAUGCAGGACAAGAAACCCAAGUCAUGCUUGGAUUCAAUCCAGAAGCGAGCGAAGAGGACAAUAAUGAAGCACAGGAAGUCAUCAAGGAAAAUCAAGAGAGACUGGCUGAAAAGAUAGGACAAAGAGCGACAAUAGAGCAAGAUGGAUCAUUGCAUGAAGAGAAUAAUACUUCGGCUACUGCCAUGCAAAAAGACCCACAGUCACUAAUACUAGAAAAUCCUGAACACGUAGAAAGAAAUGUAAUACUAGAAGACAAAGAGACAGACUUAAAAUCAAAAAGAAUUGAGGAAAUACCAGAAGACAGUGUGUGCAGCUCUGAUGCCAUCUUUAACUCAGAUGCCUCUGCGCACACAGAAGACAAGGCAGACCAGCAGUGUUCUGUCUCAGGCAAAGUCAUGCCCAAUGAAGAAACUGGUAACCACAGUUCCUUGGUCAGUGAAGAAGAGGAGGACUCUCCUAAGUCUGAAAGUAAAGAAAUUGUGGAACAAUGGAAGCCAGAGAAGGAUGAAAGUGACAGUGCCCUGACCUGCUCUGUGUCACAGAUAACAGUUUUAUCUUUCAUUGAGGAAAGGAGACUAGCUUGGAUAAAAUCAUUUAAACCUUGGCCUGAAAUCUUUGAACAAAAUCAACUCAAGAAAAUCACUAAAAGAAAGAAACUCGUGAGGUGUCCAGCAAAUACAAUGCCUCCUUUGGAUUCAUUAGCCAUUCUCCAGCAUGGCCCUUGGAAUACUUUACAGCAGGUUACAGACAUCACGUUUCAGGAUUUGCCCGGCUGUAGUCUCUCUACACUGGCAGACUACUCAAAUCUUCAGCUGCUGUCUCUUCGACGCUGUGGGUUAACUUCCUUGCACAGCCUGAGCCAAUGCCAAAAUCUUAAGUACAUCGAUGUACAGGAAAACCACAUUGAGACUAUCGAUUGUGAAAAUUUGGAAAAUCUCUGUGUUGUUCUUCUUAAUGAAAACCUGCUGACUUCUAUUCAUGGUUUUGAUGGAUGCACUAAUAUACAAUGCCUUGAACUUUCACAUAAUAAGAUCAUGAGAAUCAGUGGUCUAGAAUCUUUGAAACAUCUUCAGCAACUAACCGUGGACCAUAAUCAGUUAAUUAGCACUAAAGGUCUUUGUGAAGUACCCACCAUCGUUCACCUGGAUUGCUCUCAUAAUCACCUUACUGAGGUUGAUGGCAUCGGAAAUUGUGGAUUGCUCCAAAUAGUAAAGUUACAGGGAAACUACCUAAGAGAGCCUCCAUCCUUAAGAAAUCAUGUUCUGCUUAGAGAACUGCACUUGGAUGACAACAGUAUCUCAAGCAUUGAAGAACUUUCUUCCUGUUGGCUGCCUUUACUACAAGAUCUAAGUAUCUCUCAAAACAGUUUAACAACAAUUGUACCACUUUUUCAUUUUGUGUCUUUGGAAAAACUAGACGUCAGGAACAAUUGUAUUUCUGAUCUAACAAAUAUUGUGGGUUGGUUCAGUGCAUGUUACUCUCUCCGUGAGCUUUGUCUCACUGGAAACCCAGUACUCCAGGAAAUAAACUGGAGGGAUUCUAUAAUCACAACAUUACCUGCUCUGAGAGUCCUCAAUGGUGACAUACUAAACACUUACUCUGAGGUCCACAUUGAGGAACACUGUCAUCAAGACCUGAAAUGUUUCUUGGUUCUUUGUCAGUGCCAACUUCAAGAGUUUAAAUCAUUAACUGACAAGUAUAUCACACAGAAAGGGGACAGUCUUACUUUGCAUGCUGGGGACAAACUCUCUCACUACUAUGAAAACUUAAUGAAACUCAGUCAUGAAUGCAGACGAGCACAUGAACAUGGGGAUUUGGAAAUCAAGAGGGCGGAACCAGAAACGGAGAAAAAAGACCCAGCCUUCUCAAACAGCACACUGCAAAACGAGGUCGUUCAUUAUAAUAAUUGUAAAGAUAUUUGUAGAGAUAUUUCUGAGGACCUGGUGGACUCUGGCUAUGGACCCUCCCCAUUAAACAGGGAAGAACUGGAGGGAAGGAGUCUGGAAAAACUUACGGCGCAGAAGAAUGAACCCAGCAGGUUAAGCAGUCUUCCCACCGGAAGAGCCUCGUUCUUAGAAACGGAAAUGGAAAAUUCCCCAAUGAGCAAUCGACAUGCUGAGCAAAGUGAAGCAAUUAAGGCAGCUGUGCUGAUCCAAGUCCAAUGGCGUCGUUACAUUGCACACAGACAGAUUAAUUGCUCUGUAAAAAUGCAUUCUACCACAACAGAAACCCUGCAUAAUCCCUUCAUCAUCAACCAGACUACUUCAAAUAAAGAAAGAAGAGAAAAUAUUAUGAAUAUUCAAGAACAAAGGGAGAAGGCUGCUCUUCAUAUUCAGGCAGUUUGGAAGGGCUUUAUUUUACGAAAGAAACUGGUGACUGCCCUAGAGGCUGUGAGGAAUGAAGAAUCUGGAGAAGAAUACGAAGAAAUAGAUUUAGAGGACUUUACAUAUAAUGAGGGUAUCUUGGAGAACGAAUGGCCAGCUUUAGAUUCCACUGGGUUCCCUGCACAAACACUGCCUCUCUCCAACCAGCUGCCCUGGCCAAAGACCCCUCAGACUUUGAAACAUGGUGAACCUUCACUUACUGUACCAACUCGUCCAGCUCAAGCAUGGCUAAACAAUGAGAAAGAAAACGUGUUUUCACCAGAACACACACAGUUAAGUAGCAGAUCAGAAAACAAAACUUUAUCCUGGACCCCUGAAUCAAAGUCUAGUAAGAAGAGUUUACUACAAUCUGAAAAAGAAGAAAAAAUUUCAGAAGAAUGGGGCUUUAAAGACAUCUCUACAGCUCAGCAAAUGCUAAAGAGAGCACAGAAAAUGAAAUCAAAAAAAUUAAGGAAAAAAUUAGAACCCUCUGUGCGACUAGCAUUAUUCAAAAAAAACAGAAAUAAAGUUCUGGUUACAAAGUCACCAAAGAAGACACAGCUCAGAAGAGACAGUUACAUUGAAGAUGAGGAGGAAGAUGCAGUUUCCAAGGCAACCACUGAAAAUGAGAAGUUAGAGAGGAGUAAGGAGUACACAUACCAGUGGCUUCAUACACAAGCUGGCUUUUCUGAAACAACUAGUUCCAGAAACCAAAAAUGCAAUCACUUCUUGCCUGAGUUAGAUCCCGAUGUGCUUAAUGGUGGAAGAGUUCAACUUGUGGCAAGACUUGUAAGCAGAGAAGACACGGAUUUAGACCUUUUUUCCAUGACCAGUGGAAACACUUUGUCUGUGAACAAAGAAAAAAAAAUCCAGGCACACAGAUAUGCAGCAGGAUCCUCAAGUUGCUCAAGCAAGGGGAUAAUUGCACCAAUGAUAACAAAUACAAGACCUUCUAUUAAAGAGCGCAUAUCGUUCCGUGACAAUCCUGUUCGACUCAGUGGUGGAUGGGGAAGUGGCAAAAAGAAGGCAAAAUUCUCCACCUAAUGCUUCCUGCUCCAACAUUCCAAAUGCAGAGCACAUGACUGAGUUAUUUCUACAGAUAUCUGGUCCUGUUAUCAGUUGUGAACAAAGUUUCAGGGUGUUGCAUUUAAAUGUUCCUUAUGAUAGUUCAUAAUGUAGUUUUCUAGGAGCAGUAACCUUCCUUCUCAUAAUAAAUGAGAAGCAAUAAGAGUUUGUAGUCCCUCUUGUGUACUUGUAGAAUGGCCUUAUCCCUCAAUAAUUCCUGAAAUACUGCAGGGCAAUUUGUACAUACACUUUCCCCUUUGGUUUAUAUUUUAUGACACAUAUACUCAAGGUUAUUAAUUAUUUUAAUAUAAUGUGUAAAGGAGUAUAACUAUGUUGAUAUUGCUUAGAGAAAUAUUCGUGGAUAAUUACUACAUUAAUAAGUAUCAAUGGAUAUUUCUUAGAUUUGUAAAUGAUAAACUAUAAUGUGGUAAUUCAAAAUAAAUAGUGAAAAUCAAUAUUUUUAUUUUACAGCUUCUUAGAAUUUAUUAUGCUAAUAAAAUAUAUGUACCAUUUAAGUUAAAAUGACAGAUAAAUUUAAACAAUAAUAGACCUAAUAAUUUGAAAGUUUAUCUGUAAUGUUUCAUUCAUGUAUAUCUUAUCCUUGUUUAUAAAAGGUAGAUGUGAAUUCUGAUUAUUUAAAAUCAUUCAACUCAUUUACACAUACUCAAUCACUUUGAAUUUUGUUAAAGCACAUAUCAAUUGCCAUUUUAUUUUUUUUCAAAGCUGAAAACCAUCAUUUGAAAAUAUUAGUAUAUUUUUUUCUUAAUUACAGAGAAGUUUUACUAAAUUUUACUAGUAUGAGGAUAAUUUUCUCCUAGUCUUAGCUAAUACAGUAUGCAAAAUAUUGCGUUCAACUCAGGACUCAGGGGGUCUAUUUCUCUGCAUCUGGAAUGCCUUUCACGAAGCUAAAGCCAGGGUUCUCCAGUGACUCUCCAUAGUGCACUCUGUGUAAUAAGAUCCAGUGAACUUCAGCUUUCUCUUUUGUUUCCCCUGCUCUCCACUGAAAUUCUUCAUCCAGAAAUGACUAAACAGAUUUCCAGAUACAUUUGUUUAGUUCUUAUCCCCAUGUACUUUUGGAGUCCUGUUGCAUUUCAAACCUGUAAAUCUCUUUUAACCUGAUUGAGAUAGAAAUGUUAAUGAGCCUUGAGCUGUCAAUCUAUAAAGAAAACAUUGAUUCAUAUGUUUUAACCUAGAAAUUGAGCUCCACAUGUAUUUGUUUUUGUGAACACUGUUAGGUCAUCCCUUUGCUAACAACAUCCACAAAUCAGCAUAAUGUAAUGAUGGAAAAUAUUUUAUCUCAGUUUAUUUUCAACUUGGAAGGAGAAAACCACAUUAAAGCUGACAUUGAUAGGGUUUUAUGGUUCAUAUACUUACCCAAUGAAGUGGAAAGGCUAGUAUGAGAAAUAAGAUGUUUAUUAUUAAACUGUUUUAGUAUAUAAAAUAAACUUCAUAGUUUUUUUCUGUAACUUUUGUGAUUUUUUUCAUAAUAUUGUGAAGAUCAUUGGUAUUGAUACUCUUAAAUUUGUAGGUGAUGAUUGAUAAAUGUCAAUAAAAGUCUUUUCAGAUUAUGGUGUUUAAAUCUGAAGUUUUUUAUAAAAUGAUUUAUUGUGCCUACCCUAAAACUGAUUAUUCAAAGAACCUUAUAACUUCAAGCCUGUCAUUUUGUAGUAUUAGUAGUAUAUUUGUGCUCAUGGAACUGUUAUUUUUAAAAUUUAAUAAAGCAUCAAAAUAUUUGAACAAAGAA